UUUGCUAGCCGUAUGUCAUCUCUGGUGAAGGAGACUAUCAGAUCUGUAGCUCAUUUUCUUUUUUGUUUUCUCAUUAUUUGGAGAAAUCUUCAUAUAUUCCAGAAACAAGUCCCUAACCAGGCAACCUGGAGGCGCAGGCCACAGCGGGCACUGUGGUGUGAGCUGAACAUGAAGGUACUUGGGCAUGAGCUGAGUUUUGUAAACUGUGGGGCGCUGGGGAGCCCCAUGAAGCGUCAGUCCCUGAACUUGGCUGAGCUCGCCAUCAGGCUCCUGAAGGGACAGGAGGUGCGGAUGAGCCGGAGGCUGAGCCUGGCCAUGGAGGAGUUGGUCUUUCCCACCAUGUCUGGCCUUCCAGCCCGGCUGACCCUAAAUGCCUCAGCUGCCAUCAGUGUCCGUGUACGAGGAACGGCCAACUUCCAGCAGCGCUCAGAUUUCUUUGUGAACGGUUAUGUCAAGCUCAGCUCUCAACUCUAUCUCAUCACUGGCGAUGGUGUGAGGAGCCUCAGCCAUGUCCGCAGCCCUUCUGAGGCGAGAUCCUGUACUGGAGAGGAAGUGUCCCGCACUUGGGGAUGGCAGCUGUGCACCGAAGUGACCUGGCCGGCACCUGGCCAGCCCUACCUGCUUGCAGUACCCUUGUUUGCAGCUGUGACACUGCAGAAGCAGGACCAGGGGCUCCGACAGUAUCUGCUGGAAGCUGCCUAUGCUCUUCAUCCGCAGAAGGACAGCUGGUUCCCUCAAGAAGCCACAGCCCACGUCUUCAUGGGGACACCCAAUUCAAAUGUGCUGAGGGACAUCGGACUGGACAUCAGUUACAGCCUGCCCCAGAGGAAGUUCCGGCUCAAGCUUCUCCAUCCCCAGAAGAAAAUAGAGCUUGAUGGAAAGAUGGAGGUUCUCGGGAAUGCCCGCAUGGGUCACUUGGAACUGGUACUGGAUGACAGGGACGUCUACUACAUCAAGGGUCGGAGCGACCUGCAGCCAGCAGAGGAUGGUGAGGUGCAGCGGUUUAAGGCCCAGCUGGAGGUGAAACUGGUGACUGCGGGCAGCCCCAUGGUCCUUGCUGGGAACCUCACAUGGCAGGCUGGCAGCAGGUUGGCCUUCUCUGUGUCCCUGAGCCGUCUGCUGGGUGAUCAGGCCCAUGUGACAGCGCUGCUGGAGAAGAAGAUGGAGGAUGGGCUACAGGUGGCAUCCCUGGCUGCUGAGCUCUUCGUGCCAGGACAGGUGGGCCUGCAUGCCUUGGGCCUGCUGCAGCAGCGGGGCCGCCUCUGGACCAGCUCCCUGCAGAUCAAGUAUGGUCUCCUGGGUCAGGUGAAGCAGCCGGCACACGCGUGCAGCACCAGCCAGAAGCUGCAGACACAGAACAGUGCAGAGGGCACCUACCGGCUGGAGCUGGGCCACGACCUCCACUGCACGCAGAUCCCAGCCUUCAGCCACAAGGUCCAGCUCCAGCAUGAGGAGGGCUGGGGCCACCUGCACUCACAGCUAGAAGUGAGCUACGGGGAGCACUGGGACCAGCAUGGCAACAAGAAGCUCCUCCACGCCAGCCAGACCUUCAGGAACGACUCAGGGCCAGCCCUGAGCAAUCACUUCGUGGAGUUUGUGCUGCAGGUGCCUGAGAGGCAGGUGGAUGGCCGUGCACAGCUGUACCACUCAAGCCUCUGCCAGCCGCACGUGGAGAGCAGCACACACCUCAAGGUGCAGCACAACGGGCGGCUGCUCUUUGUGGCAGGCGGGCAGUGGAAGGACACGUCGAGGGCCACCCUGUGGAAGUGGGAAGGUGCCAUGAACCUGAAUAGUCCAUGGCUGGUGGUCUCUGCAGCUCACAGGCUGUACUGGCCACACAGAGCCACAUUCCAAGCUGUCCUGGAGCUGACACUGGGCAAAGCCUGGACCCUCAAGGGCCUGGUGGUCAGCGUGACCUGCAAGAGUCAGGGCCACAACAGGGAAGGCAAGAUCCAGGUCUACACGCCCACUACCACCUACCUACGGGUUUCCACAGUGAUGGCCUUGGCACAGGGCCUCUUCCACGGCCGGAGUGAACUCGAGUUGCCCUGGAGUGCAACAGUACAGGGGAAGGUCCGUGCCGAGAGCAGCUGGCACCGGAAGAUCCUUCACUGCUGGUGGAAGGGCCCCCAGCAGGAGCUGAACCUAACAGCGGCCUACAGGCAUGUGGAGUGGCCCCAGAAGACCCACCUGUUGCUCACAGCUCUGAGGACCUGUGCACGGGGCCAGCCUCAGGGUCUGCAGCUGGAGGGCAAGCUGGAGGAGCAGAAGCGAGGAAGGAUGUUGUACCAGAAGCGGGGGACCCUGUUCCUUAGGCACCCCCUGCCCCUGCCCAUCCCACAGAGCCUCCUGCUGCAGGAGACCUUCACAGCCAACAGGCAACACCAGCGUUACUCCCUGGAGACGAGGGUUGUCCUGAACGGCCGAGAGGAGACCCUGCAGACUAUGGUCUUGGGCCGCCAGGCUGGACACCCCUAUGUCUGUGCAGGUCUGACACACCCUUACCAGAAUAAGGCCAUCCCCAGGAGCUUGGAGGGGUGCCUGGUCACUUGGAAUCAGCACACUGCUAAGAACAAGGAGGUUGAGGCCACUUUGAAGGUCAACCAGAAAGUCAUGCUGCACUUAAAGGGCUUGCAUCGUGACAGAUCUCAGCACGGAGAAAUCUGGCACAGCCUGGCCCUGGAUAUGGCUCAUUCCUCCCAGCUGAGGUUCCCUCAGGCCCUGAGCUUGGAUGGGGGUGUCAUCGUUAAGUGGAGUCCCCAGGGAGUAUUCAACUUCAGCCUAGACGCACAAGCUGCCAUCAAGCAUGACGUCGCAUCCCAGGUCUCAGUCCAGCUGAGCGGAUCCGACUCCUACUUUGUGUUUUCCGUCCGGCUCAGACAUCCUCACAGACCAGCGCUCCCUCCAGACUUGCAGGUGCAGGUGGCUGCUGGGUGCUCCAGAGCACGCAGCCUCAAUGGGUCCCUGUCUGUGCACACGUCCGGCCAGGAGCUGGUUCUGCUGGAGGUCAACACCAGCCAGGAUGCCCGGAGGAGCAACAGGGCCUGGGACGUGAGUGUCCUCCUCCACCAGGCAGUGCUCAGAGCCUCCCAGGCUGUCCAGCUGCAGCUGUUGGGCAAGAUCACCCCAGCAAGGAUUUGGCUGUUUUACAAGGCGCUGCUGGACCAGAACACAGUGCAGCUUCUCCUCAAGGCAUCCGAGGACCUGCGGGGAGGCUGGGUCCUGACACUGCAGAGCCAUGCCCAGCACACCUCCUGACCCUGGAGCAGCAGCGCCCCACCUCCUGACCCUGG